AUGUCAAGAAAUUCAUUAGAUAAUUCAAACUAUCAACGAGGAGCUCGUUCAAAGUCAUCUCAAUAUAUCAUAAAGAAUGGAGACAUCAUAGUUGGUUCAUCAUCAUCAUUCAUUGUUUCACAAGUUCAGUCUGCUGAACUUACAAGUAAUGGUUUUGAAAUGGAUGAAGUCACCUCCAACCAGCGAUCGAUACAUACAUAUUAUUAUUGA